AUGCGUGGGUGGCACGGAUCGCUCGAUAUUAGAACAUCUCAUAUUAUCCAUAACGAACUGUUUAGUGGGGGGGUUCGGUCAAACAGAAGACACUAUUUGACUAGCACCAUCUCUGUGUGUUUAUUUGCUGUCGCUUCCUGCACCAUAGAAGUGCAGGUAGGCACUCAGGGUCUUGACACCUUCCAAAUAGUUGGCAACGUCGAUCUUCUCAUUGAUCGAGUGAGCACCGUCGUCACCCUUACCCAUUGGCAGAAGCAGGACAUUGGUCUUGAGUUGUUCUUCGAACGUCAAGGUGAUUGGAAUAGAACCACCUUCUCUGGUGAGAUCUGGCUCAACGUUCCACACGAGCUUGGUGGCUUUGCUAGCGGCAGUGAAUGCUUCAUUGAAUGGAUCACUAACCCAGUAGUUUCCAUCGUGGAUGAGUUCGACGUUGAGCUGGUUUGGAGACUUGAGCUCGGCGAAUUUCUCCUUCACGAACUUGAACACAUACUCGUCCAAUUUACGUGGGUCCAUGUCUGGAACAGUUCUGAUAGAGAAUUUACCAACAACCUUAGCUGGAAUGACGGUCUUAGCUCCUCCACCAGAGAACGCACCCUCAAUUCCGUGCAAGGAAAGAGAAGGGUAUCUCCAUCUGUGCAUCAAAAUGUUCUUCUUGUCCUGGUAAAUGGCAGUCUUGGAGCCCGAAGCAAGAUUCAAUUCGUCAACGUCGAAUUCGAUCUUCUCAUCGGUCAUUGGCUCGUGGAUAACACCUCCAAAGAUACCGGAGUGGAGGUCGGCGCCAGGUCCACUGACACUGACCUGGUAGUAGCUGCAUCCACGCAGACCGUAUGUGAGCACUGGCUUUUUGGUUCCAAGCCAGUAGUUGUCAGAGAUACAAACGGUGUCGACGCCCUUGAAGUACUUGUCUGCCUCCUGGGCAACCAAUUCGUCAAGACCCAAAGAUCCGCUUUCCUCCAUACCUUCAAAACAACAAACAAGGUUGACAGGAAGCUCAAUUCCGGACUUGUUGUGCGCCUCGAUUGCGUUCAACCAACCGAUCACAGGACCUUUGUCGUCGGUGGAACCACGGCCGUAAAGUUUGCCGUCCUUCUCAACGAGCUUGAAUGGGUCUGUAUUCCAGCCGUCCUCAAGUAA